AUGAAUGAAAGUGGAAUAGCUUAUAUAUUGGGACGCUUCAUGUCCAACGCCGGGGAUCUGCAGCCUUACAUUCUAUCAUUCUAUAUCAACAUGGCCACGGCAGUGCAGAACCCGCUCAAAUCGCAGUCGAGUGGAACCGUCAUAAAGAACAGUCUGGGCGAGGAGUUUUACCGUGAUGCGAUUGAACACUGCCGAAGCUAUAAUGCCCGUCUGUGUGCCGAGCGCUCCAUGCGUCUGCCGUUCCUGGACUCUCAAACGGGCGUAGCACAGAGUAACUGCUACAUAUGGAUGGAGAAGAAUCACAGAGGCCCAGGUGUGGCGCCGGGUCAGCUGUACACCUACCCGGCUCGCUGCUGGCGCAAGAAGAAGCGGUUAAACAUCCUGGAUGACCCGCGGCUGGGGCCCAUCGAGUUUAAGAUCGACUACGAGGCAGCCCUGAAGAAGGAAGGCGGAGUUCCUGAGGGUCCGGUUCUGGAGUCCCUGCUCAGUGGAGAGCCGCUGGACAAAAAGGUGGAAACCAAGGAGGAAGAGGCCAUGAGCGAGUGUCAGAAGCUGCUAGUUGGAGACUUCCCACAUGAGCUGGAUAUUGAAGAAAUGGAGGAGGACGUUCCCAAGCGCAAGAACCGCACCAAAGGACGGGCCUGUGGUGUUGGUGGAAUGAGGAAGAGACAGGACCCGGCCUCCAUAGAGGACAGAGACAAGCCGUACGUCUGCGACAUCUGCGGCAAACGUUACAAGAACCGCCCGGGCCUGAGUUACCACUACACCCAUACACACCUAGCGGACGAAGAGGGAGAGGAGGACUCUGAACGCCACACUCUUCCAUUCCAACGCAAGAACAACCACAAGCCCAAAAAAGCUGCAGACGGCUCGGUCAUCCCCAACGGUUACUGUGACUUCUGCCUGGGAGGCUCCAAGAAGACCGGCUGCCCGGAGGACCUCAUCUCCUGUGCGGACUGCGGCCGAUCAGGCCACCCGUCCUGCCUGCAGUUCACAGUCAACAUGACGGCGGCGGUGAGAACCUACCGCUGGCAGUGCAUCGAGUGCAAGUCCUGCAGCCUCUGUGGCACCUCUGAGAACGACGAUCAACUUUUAUUCUGUGAUGAUUGUGACCGAGGGUACCAUAUGUACUGUCUCAGCCCACCAAUGGCAGAACCUCCAGAAGGGAGCUGGAGCUGCCACCUGUGUCUCCGACAGCUGAAGGAAAAAGCGUCUGCCUACAUCACGCUAACCUAAUCCCUGUGCCCUCUUGCUAUGCCCACCCUGCCUCCACCUCUGCCACCAUGAGCCCACCAACACCAACCUGGCAGAUCCAAAGAACCCCCAACCCAAUCCCAAACACAUUAACACACAGACUGCUCCAUCUCCUGACCAUCCAGUUCACGGCAAGAUCAAGUUGCCCCUCAUCUUGCACGUUCGUCUACCUACUGACUCUGAAGAGCGCAUCUUUCGCUCUCGCACGAUCGCCAGGCCUUGAAUGGCCUCCUGCCACAUCUCCUCGAUCUCCAGCCUCUCUGGAUCUCUCCACAUCUUUACGAACUGUGGAGCCUCUUCGUUGGCUAUGUGAGUUUAUUCGGCAGUGCUUGGCCUCGCUCCCUGAGUUAAUGUUUUGGCUUGAGAGGGUACUCGAACAGGAAGAGACCCUAAGUAUCCCAUUGAAAAGUGCAGGACCCGCUGAUGAGGAAACACCAUAUGGUCUCCCCGUUCUCAUAAGCAGCCCUCGUUCGCCAUGCUCUACUGCAGCGGGAUUUUUUUUUAAACAAUCUUUGCAGCCAACAUGCCAACCAAUCACGCCACCCAGUCUCUGCAGCUCACUGUGAGGAAGCUAGACACCAGCAAGCAGCACUAAUGUACAGUAUCUCCAAAAAGUAAGUGCACUCCUCAUAUUUCUGCAAAUACUUUACUAUAUCUUUUGAUGGGAAAGACUAUAAAAUUGACACGGAUAUAAUUUAGAGUAGUCAUUGCACAGCUUGUAUAGCAGUAUAGAUUUACUGUCACAAACAUUAAUGUCUAAAUAUCUGCAACACAAGUGAACACACCACAGUAAACGUAGAAAUUGUACCCAAUUUUGUCGUUUGUCCCUCAAUUGUGUCAUGACACUCUUUUACAAGAGUUACAAGGUUCAAGAUGUGAAUGGGCCCCCAUGGCACCUCAUGGCAAAGAACUCUCUAAGGACAUGAGAAAUAGAACUGUUGCUCUCUAUAAAGAUAGCCUAGGCUGUAAGAAGAUUGCUAACACCCUGAAACUGAGAUAUGUCACUAUGGCCAUUUCAUACAGCAGUUUUCUAGCACAGGUUCUGCUCAGAACAGGCCUCAUCAGUGUCCACCAAAGAAGUUGAGUCCAUGUGUUCAGCAUAAUAUCUGGAGGUGGGAGGUCAUUAUGCUGUGCUCAGACCACACACUGUCACACACUGCAUCCACUCUGUCUGCAUGGCACUGUCCUAGAAGGAGGCCUCUUCUGAGGCCGAUACACAAGAAAGCCUGCAAACAGUUUGCUGAAGACAAGCAAGUCCAAGAGCAUGCAUUACUGCAACCAUGUCCAGUGUUCUAAUGAGAUCCAAAUAAACUUGUUUGGCUCAGAUGGUGUCCAGCCUGUAUGGCGGUGUCCUGGUUAGGAAUACAAUGCCUCAUGAUGUCAAUCAUGAUGUUGGUAGCAUCAUGGUCUGGGGCUACAUGAGUGCUGCCAGCAGAGCAGGAUCCCCCUCCCUUUGGAAACUUGGACACACGGCAGUUUUCCAACACAAUAUUGACCCCAAACUCACCUCCAAGAUGACAACUGCCUUGCAGAGGAAGUUGAAAGUAAAGGCGAAUGACUGAUCAAGUAUAUCUCCAGACCUAAACCCAAUUAAGCAACUGUGGGGCAUCCUCAAGCAGAAGGUGGAGGAGUGCAAAAUGUCAUUCACCAGCUCCAUAUACAUAAAAUAUUGAUACUCCUUUGAUUUCCAUGGGCACAGUUCACUGUGAGGUGUACUCACUUGUGUUGCAGAUAUUUAGACAUGAAUUUCUGUGAGUUUAAUUAAAUCUAUACAGUAAACAGUACAUCUAUACUGAUACAUAAGCUGUACACUGACUACUCUAAAUUAUAUCCAAGUUUCCCAUGAAAAUAUAUAAUAAAAUAUUUGCAGAAAUGUGAGGGGUGUACUCACAUGUUGGAGACGCUGUAUUUAGCAGCAAAAUUGGUCUUAUUCAGACUAUAAUUAGAGAAGAACUCAUUAAAGUUGGUAGAGAAAAAUGAGUCCAUCUAUAAUUCAGCUUCCUUUUCGAGGUGUGACUCUGCUGCUUCGUGGAGUUUGACACAUUGCCCUCAGCUGCAAGAAGCUCGUCAGACAACCCGAGACCCGCGAGGUCCAUGAGACUCUGCAGUGCAUUCUGGGAUACUUAUUUUUUCUUUUUCUUUGGGAGUCUAUUUGUGAGGCUCUAUCUAACUUUACCGUCUUUAACACAGAGGAACCUUGGCAUCCUGAGGUUUUUUUCUGAACUUAUACCCCUUUAAGCUGGAGGACUGUGGGACUGCGGAGGUCUGCUGCAUGUCACCAUUCAAAGCUUGGGUGGUUCUUUCUGUGCAUCGAAGAAAAGAAAAGAAAAGAAAAACAAAACUUUCUAGCUUUCUACAAAAAAAGCUCCAACUGUACAUUUUGACUGACCCCCACUCGUCCAUUUCUUCUUAAAAAGCCAACGUAAGAUUCUCUCUCUGUCCAGAUGUGCUCGCCAGGGUGUAUAUUAAUUAAUGACUAACUUCUGGCCUUGUUUUAAAAACAGGGCAUGUUUGAUUCAAUUCUUUUUAUAUGAUCAUUUUGGGUGCAUGUUGUAAAAUUUUAGAUUGUUUUGAAAUAAACCUUUUAAGAAUGAGAGAAAUAACAAAAAAAAAAUGAUGAUGAUGAAAGCACACUUAAUUCGCAAUAAUGUGUUUGUAACCCUCUCGGGGGGGAUGUUGCGUCUGUGUGUGUGUGUGUGUUAGUGUGUGUGUGUGUGCGCGCGAAACUUCCUGUGGAACUGGAACUGUGUAAGUGCUGGGCAGUGAACAGAACUAAAUGGAAGGGAGGCGGGACUUUGGGGAUGAUUUGACCCACGCGUUUGCCCUUCGUUCUCUGUAUCGUUUGCUUUUUGUAUUAUUCACAUUUUCUUUCGCUCAACUGAAACGAAGCCGGUUCUGAUUUUGUAACUCGUUCUGUUGAGCGAUUUCUUUCCUGUAAGAAUGCUGUGUGUGUUAUGGGACUGUGUAAUUCACAGUAUUUUGCAGCCUGCUUCAAAUAAAUAAGAAAACGGGGAAAAAGCUGAAGAACCAGAAGAUGAUCAGUGAGGGUGCCAGCAUGCUUUUGACCUUGUGCUGAGGUGAAUACUUCAAACCCAAAGUCCAUCUGUGGCCUACCUAAAGGACUGGUCAGAGAAACUUUUAUCAGUUCACUUUUCUAACUGUUUGAGACUAAAUUCAAAAAUAGAAAGUUGUGUUUAAAACGUUUUUUUUUUUUCAUUUUUUCUAUUAGUAUUAGUAGAGCAGUGAGGAAGAAUUUUUCCUUUUUUAUUUUCAAGUAAUUUCUGCUCAUCACAUUUAGAAACUUAGUUAACAUUAUUAAUAUUAAUUAGAUUUCUGAUUUUUUUCUUUUUUGCAUGUAGUACCUUAAACAGGUUGGAUUACACAUCACAGAAUGAAUUGCAUCAGAUUUUUUGAAAAAGAUUCCUUUUUCCUGAAAUUCAAAACUACAAAAUUUUACUGAAUUGAUACAAAAAAACAUUUAUUCUUCAUUAUACUGGGAAAAAGGGAAAGCUACUUUACUUUACAUCCAAAGUUUUUUUGUUUUUUUUAGUCUGAAACAGUCAGAAAACUGAACUUGUAAACGUUACACUGCCCGGGACUGUCUGACUUUUCGUGUUCUUUCAUUUCAUCCCCAUGAGCUUUAAAUUGGGAGAUACUUGCUGUACAUAGACUGUCGCUCUGUCUGUUUCUGAUUGGAACAUCCAUGUCAUGUGACUUCCUGCAAGAUGUUCUAAUGCCUCACGCAUUAAAAUGUGCUAACCAAACUUUUUUUUCUGCUACUUAAUUCUGUGUUCCUGGAAUAAGAGAAAUCACUCAACCUGUUUCUAUUUUUUUAUCUACAGAAACUGUUUUUAACAGUAGAAAAAGAUAAAAGGUGAUACAGGACCCCAUCAGAUGGAGAAAGUGAAGAAAUUUCACUCACAGCAGAACACUUUUCUUCAUUACCCUACAGAUCCCCCUUUUUAGUAUGUUUACAAUGUUUUUUUGUACUAUUUUGCACAGCCAUGAGUGUGAUUGGAACAGAGGCACUAUGAGAACCCUUUUCAGAUAAGAGAGAAGUUUUUGCAUGUAGAAAUGUCACAGGCUACAAAAAGAAGGUAGUGAAUCCUCCAGGCUAAAAUCACACUUUCAGCUCUGUACGCUGAGUUGAGCCAUGUUCUCUGCACCAAGUUUAGGGAUGUCCCAAUCUGAUUAGAAGAGUUGUUAUAUUAAUUGUAUUACUCACAUACAGGUAACCUAGUAACGAUGCAGCGCUUACAAACCAAAUACAAUCCAAAUGCGAUGUCAUUAUUCACCACUUGGGGCACUGGAUCCCAUAGGCACAGUGCAGAAACGGAAUGUUUCCAGUAGGUGGCGCAGGCAAAGACGCGGACCACACAAAUAAAUAAGCCCAGCGAUUCAAAAAUAGGCAUUAUUACACACAUUAUCAGUCACCAAUAUCAGGUUAAGAAUUGUUAUUAUUAAAAUAAAAGCUUAAGUGUAUAUAUUUCCAGUUCCAAUAUCGGGUAUUUUAAGUUGA